CAAAACCACCGCCUCCUCUAAGGAACUGUCACUUAAAAAUCCUCAUCCAACUCAAUACCAAUUUUUUAAAUUUCAAAUAAUAAUGUAAAUUGAAUAGUUUAUGGACAAUGGCAACUCAGAAGCCGGGCGAAUGGGCCAACACGUUAAUUGCACGAUUCGAAGAGCAGUUACCUUGCCGUACUGGACCGCAAACUACCCAUUCUCGUAUAAAUGAAGACCAGAACAAAAAUUGUCUCAUACAAAUAUCUCGGUAUAGAUUUGCUUUAGUUUUAGAUGGAUUUGUCAAAGUUUUAAAACGAAUUCAUGAAUUGGUAUGUGAAAACAUUGAGGAGAGAUGUAAAUGUGAAAUGUUUCAGUACCAGCAAGGGUCGUGCGGACCACAGCGACAGCACAGUCCCGAAAUGGAAAAGAAUUAUUACGAUAGUAUCAUUAUUGUUUUAGAAACGUUAGAAAAAUGUUUUAGUAUACAGCCGAAAGAUUCAAUUACUUUAACCAUGGAAGAAAAUCAAAAUUUAAAAUCUCUACUGAAGGAAAUAUGCGCCUUUUUAGAUAUGCCUGCUGAGAAUCCCCACAGUCACUCAAUAAAAUUAUUAGCCAGCAAAGUACUGUUUGCCUUAAGUAUUAAUUUUUUUAACGUAGUCUUCAGUCGAAUUUCUUCAAAACUCCAAGAACUGGCAUCGUGUCCGGAUGAAAAUCCGGAUUACAGCGAUAUUGAGUUAAUUCAACAUAUUAACGUGGAUAUUUCGCGGUUGACCAGGCUACUAACAGAAGCUAUACAAAAGUUUAGGUUAUUGAAGAAAUCUGCUCAUUUAGUACUCAUGAAUUCUUUGGAAAAAGCAAUAUGGAACUGGAUGGACACAUAUCCUUACGAAUUUGCCGAACUGCAGAAGAACCCCAAUGAGGAGCUGUCGAAAUGUUGCGAACAGUUGUUCGAUAUUUUGGAUACGUUUGCGGACAAUAAAAAGGGAAGGGCAGCUGUGUGGCCGUUGCAAAUUAUGUUGCUCAUAUUAUCCCCCAAAGUUUUGGAAGAAAUUGUGAACGCAGAUAGUGGCGCCCCCUGUUCGCCAAGACACAGCAAGAAGAAGCAGUUCAUCGAUGCCGUUAAACGAUGCAUUAAUCCUCACGGAAAUUCGAGUAAACAGCUCACCGAAUCGGCGGCUGUAACCUGCGUGAAAUUAUGCAAAGCGUCAACGUACAUUAAUAUACUCGAUUCAAACAAUGUAGCCUUUACUCUCGUACAAAGUGUUCUUAAUGAUUUAAAGUCUCUACUGUUUAACCCUAGUAAACCGUUUUCUCGGGGACAAAACUAUUUAUAUCUAGACAUGGAUCUUAUGAUAGACUGUUUCGUUUCAUGUUUUCGGAUUAAACCGCAUAAUAACGUAGCCUUAAAAAUUUGUCUUAAUUUAACAUCCCCUUCUAUAUACCAUUUUGUGUUGGUGCGAUCGUUGUAUAGAGUUAUUACUCAACCGCGUUUGCAGUGGUGGCCCCAAAUCGAUUUGGUAUAUAGCAGAUCUUCCGAACUAAGAGCAAUGUUUACGGACACCUUAAAUAAAGUGGCCCAAGGAUGCAUUGCGCAUACGCCCUUACGAAUGAUUCAAUCUUUAACGUUGAAGGGUAAAGAUUCACAGGCCAAGUUCAAAGAUCGCGCAGAGGAGGUACCCGGUAACCGAAACUUAUUAUUAUACAUGGUUCGCCUUAUACACGCCGAUCCCAUGCUUAUGUUGAACAAUCAAGGGAAAGCGGGUCACGAGAUACAAAGUUCCACAUUGGAAUUAAUCAACGGUUUGGUUUCGUUAGUUCACCAGCCAAACAUGCUAGAUGUCGCUCAGGAAGCAAUGGAGGCGUUACUGGUACUCCAUCACCCUGAAAAAAUCGAAGUGUGGAAUCCGGAAGCGCCGAUUAAUACAUUUUGGGAUGUUAGUUCUCAAGUUUUAUUCUCCAUAUCGCAGAAAUUAAUUCAACACCAAAUAGUUAAUUAUACAGAUAUUCUAAAAUGGUUGCGAGAAAUUUUAGUGUGCCGUAAUGCGUUUUUAUCGAAGCACAAAGAGUAUGCGAACUUAGGUAGUCAAAUAGCAAUAUGCAAACAAGCUCAUAUUAAAUUAGAAGUAGUCUUUUUUAUGUACCUCUGGAGUAUCGAUAUGGAUGCAGUUCUUACAGCAAUGAGUUGCUUUUCGCUGUUAUGCCAGGAAGCGGAAAUUCGUUGCGGUUCAGAUGAAGUAACUGUUACAUAUUUGGUUCCUAAUUACCAUGUUUAUCAAGACUUAGCCCAAGCCUCUACUGUUCUUACAACCGCUAGCGGAGAAUCUCGAUUGAGUUUCCCAGAUCAUGCAAAUGGUAGGGCGGCGCUACAAAAACGAAUUAUGGUUUUACUACGCAAGAUUGAGCAUUGUGUUAAUGGUGUACAACCAGCCUGGGAAGAAACGUUUAUGAACUGGAAUUCGGUUUGGAAAAACCUGGCGUCUUACCCGAAAGCGAAAGCGGAGGAUGGUCAAACGGAACCGCUUUAUAGGUCUAUGGGAAAGCGGCGAGCAUCACAUCAAAAUUCAGAGCACGAACUAGAUGAUCAAAUAAAUGAGUGGGCGAAUAUGACAGGUUUUUUGUGUGCAUUGGGUGGUGUUUGUUUACAGAGAAAAUCUCCUUCUAGACCUACUUUAUCGGCGUCUUCGCAUUCUAGCUUAUCUUCCGCUACGAUUAGCUCAGUUAGCUCCAGUUUUACGGAAAGUCGGAAAUCGAGCGUUUUGACAAGUGGUAGUCAAGAGCAACGUCAAUAUUGCCCAGUGACACAGUUUGUCGAUUUACUGCUUCGAUUAUUGGUGUGUAAUAACGAGAAGUUUGGGGCGCAAAUUCAAAAGCACGUGAAGGAGUUAGUUGGCCAUGAAAUGUCAUCCGCAUUAUACCCGAUACUGUUUGAACAAAUUAAAACGAUUGUUGACAAAUUUUUUGAUUUGCACGGACAGGUCGUCGUAUCAGAUUUGAACACGCAAUUCAUCGAACAUAUCAUUUUUAUUAUGAAAAAUAUUUUAGACAGUGGAAAAAGUGAUCAGCCAUCUGAACAUUUAGGUGUCACGAGUAUUGAAGGAAUGAUGUUGGGUGUUGUCAGAUAUGUUCGUCAUCUCGACAUGACAGUACACGCUAUACACAUUAAGACAAAACUGUGCCAAUUGGUCGAAGUGAUGAUGAAACGACGAGAUGAUCUGGCAUUUCGGCAAGAAAUGAAGUUUCGCAAUAAACUGGUCGAGUAUCUUACCGAUUGGGUAUUGGGGACUUCUCAUCAAAUAGCGCCACCUAGUUCUGGCGACGUCACGAUUAUUACCAGAGAUUUGGAUCAAGCGUGCAUGGAAGCGGUGGCAGCUCUACUACAUGGUCUUCCCUUACAGCCUGAAGAGUCAGAUCGUGGUGAUCUCAUGGAAGCAAAAAGUCAGUUGUUUUUGAAGUACUUCACGCUGUUUAUGAAUUUGCUGAACGACUGUAAUGACGCGUCGGAGGUGGAGAAGGAGGUGUCGAGGCAAAGGUUGGCCGCUGGAAAGUUGAACACUUUGAGAAAUGCUACAAUUCAAGCAAUGUCCAAUUUACUUUCAGCCAAUAUUGACAGCGGAUUAAUGCAUUCUAUAGAUCUUGGGUACAAUAGAGAUUUACAAACGAGAGCAGCUUUUAUGGAAGUUUUAACCAAAAUUCUACAACAAGGAACGGAAUUCGAUACGUUGGCCGAAACCGUACUAGUGGACCGUUUUGAACAGCUCGUGCAAUUAGUAACGAUGAUUAGCGAUAAAGGUGAACUGCCAAUAGCGAUGGCCUUGGCGAAUGUCGUAACGACAUGUCAAAUGGACGAAUUGGCGCGCGUCUUUGUGACAUUAUUCGACGCUAAACAUCUGCUCUCUCCUUUGUUGUGGAACAUGUUUUACAGAGAAGUUGAAGUGUCGGACUGCAUGCAAACGCUAUUCCGUGGGAAUUCUCUAGGCAGUAAAAUCAUGGCAUUCUGUUUUAAAAUUUACGGAGCCAGUUACCUGCAAAUGCUUUUGGAGCCGCUUAUCAAACCACUAUUGGACGAUCCAAAUUGCAGCUUUGAAGUGGAUCCUGCAAGGAUUGAGACGAACGAGGAUAUUGAGGAAAAUAGGCAGAAUCUUGUUGCGUUAACGCAAAAAGUGUUUGACGCCAUUGUCAAUUCCGCGGAGACCUUUCCCGCCCAACUGAGAUCCAUGUGUCACUGCCUAUACCAAGUGCUUAGUAAACGAUUUCCUCAGUUUCCGCAAAAUAAUAUCGGUGCUGUGGGGACUGUAAUAUUUCUAAGAUUCAUUAAUCCGGCAAUAGUAUCGCCGCAAGAAAUGGGAAUUGUCACCAAACAGGUUCCGUUGUCGGUAAAAAGAGGUUUAAUGUUAAUGUCGAAAAUUUUACAAAAUAUUGCAAAUCACGUCGAGUUUAGUAAGGAACAGCAUAUGUUGCCCUUCAACGAUUUUCUCAGGGCGCAUUUUGAAAUUGGUAGAAGAUUUUUUAUUCAAAUUGCAUCAGACUGUGAAACAGUAGAUCAAACGUCUCAUUCGAUGUCGUUUAUUAGUGACGCUAAUGUGUUGGCCCUGCACAGAUUAUUAUGGAACCAUCAAGAGCGGAUAGGCGAUUACUUGUCAAGCAGUCGUGACCAUAAGGCUGUGGGACGGAGACCUUUUGACAAGAUGGUAACGUUACUAGCAUAUUUGGGCCCUCCUGAACACAAACCGGUAGACUCGCAUAUCUUAUUUUCGUCAUACGCCCGAUGGAGUUCAAUAGAUAUGUCAUCGUCCAACUUCGAAGAGAUAAUGAAGAAGCACAACAUGCACGAAAAGGAAGAAUUCAAAUCUUUAAAAGCCUUAAAUAUAUUUUACCAGGCUGGUACUAGUAAAGCUGGUUUUCCGGUUUUUUAUUAUAUCGCCCGCAGAUAUAAGCUAGGGGAAACCAAUGGAGAUUUACUUAUCUAUCAUGUCUUGCUUACGGUCAAACCCUUUUGUCACGCUCCAUUUGAGCUAGUAAUCGAUUUUACGCAUACCAGCUCUGAAAAUCGAUUCAGGACCGAGUUCCUGAACAAAUGGUUUUACGUAUUACCGGAAGUCGCGUACGAAAACAUACACGCCACUUACGUUUACAACUGUAGCAGUUGGGUACGGGAAUAUACGAAAUAUCAUGAUCGGCUGCUUGCUCCUCUAAAGGGCAUCAGGAAAUUGAUUUUCAUCGAUUCGGCCGCAAAAUUGAACGACGUUAUUGAUAUUGAUCAACAGAAACUUCCUGGUGCUACGUUAAGUUUGGAUGAGGAUUUGAAAGUGUUUAAUAACGCGCUAAAGUUGUCACACAAAGACACUAAGGUUGCAAUUAAAGUAGGACCAACCGCUAUACAGAUAACUUCGUCUGAAAAAACAAAAGUGCUCUCACAUUCUGUACUAUUAAAUGAUGUUUACUAUGCUUCCGAAAUUGAAGAGGUAUGUCUAGUGGAUGACAAUCAGUUUACACUCACAAUCGCAAACGAAAGUGGACCACUUAGUUUUAUACACAACGACUGUGAUGCAAUAGUGCAGGCAAUAAUUCAUAUAAGAAACCGGUGGGAGCUGAGCCAACCGGUAAGUCGUAUAUAUAUUGCAUUUGGAGGCUGCAAUAAUUUCUUUCAGGAUUCCGUAACAGUUCACCAGAAAAUAAGACCGAAAGAUGUUCCAGGAACUUUACUAAAUAUGGCGCUACUUAAUCUAGGUUCGUCUGAUCCAAAUCUUCGUACCGCUGCAUAUAAUCAACUUUGUGCAUUGACUGCCACAUUCGAUCUAAAAAUUGAAGGUCAACUAUUGGAAACCUCAGGUUUAUGUAUACCAUCCAACAACACAAUAUUCAUUAAGUCGAUAUCCGAAAAGUUGGCUACAAACGAACCCCAUCUCACUUUGGAAUUCUUAGAGGAGUGCAUACAGGGUUUUCGAGUCUCUAGUAUUGAGUUGAAGCAUUUAUGCUUAGAAUACAUGACACCGUGGCUGGGGAAUUUAGUUCGGUUUGUAAAACCAUCCGAUGAAAGCAAAAGACACAAGCAAGUGUCCCAAAUUUUAGAAAAGCUUAUUUUGCUAACGAUCGAAGAAGUGGAAAUGUAUCCUUCUAUUCAAGCCAAAAUUUGGGGCUCAAUCGGACAGGUUCCCGAGCUAAUAGAUAUGGUGUUGGAUAACUUCAUACACAAAUCGGUUUCAGCUGGUCUGGGUUCUUCGAUGGUGGAAAUAAUGGCGGAUACUGCUGUGGCAUUGGCCUCCGCGAAUGUACAGCUAGUUGCCAAAAAGGUUAUUGGUCGACUUUGUAAGGUUGUGGACAAAACUUGUCAAUCACCCACCCCGCUUCUUGAACAACACAUGAUGUGGGAUGACAUCGCAAUUUUAGCAAGAUACCUUCUUAUGUUAUCAUUUAAUAAUUGUUUGGAUGUCGUCCGACAUCUACCCUAUCUGUUUCAUACAGUUACAUUCCUCGUUUGCUCGGGCUCACUUAGUAUGCGUGCUUCCACUCACGGAUUAGUCAUAAAUAUCAUUCAUUCCCUAUGUACGUGCACCAAACCGUCAUUUUCAGAAGAAAUUCAGAGGAUAUUACGCUUAUCUUUGGACGAGUUUUCGCUUCCUAAGUUUUAUUUAUUAUUCGGCAUAAGUAAAGUAAAAUCAGCUGCCGUUACCGCAUUUCGUUCAAGUUAUCGCCAUCCCAAUGAACGAUGGCUGAGUACGGAGAGAAGCUUUUCUGGACCUACUUCGGACCGAGAAAGAUUAUCUUUGGCAUCUCUUGAAGUUAUCACAGACGCACUGCUGGAAAUUAUGGAAGCUUGCAUGCGCGAUAUACCCGAAUGUGAUUGGUUAAAUAGUUGGACUGCGCUAGCUAAAAGCUUCGCGUUUUGUUUUAAUCCUGCACUGCAACCGAGAGCUCUGAUUGUGUUCGGAUGUAUAAGUAAAAGUAUAUCGGAUCACGAUAUGAAGCAGUUGUUACGAGUGUUGGUGAAAGCUCUUGAGAGUUUUAAUGAUAUUGUCUUGAUUGAAGCGUUAGUGAUGUGUUUGACCAGACUUCAGCCACUGCUAAGGUCGGAAUCGCCAAUUCAUAAAGCUCUUUUUUGGGUUGCCACUUCUGUAUUGCAGUUAGAUGAGGCGUCGCUUUAUGCAGCUGGGUUGGCUCUUUUGGAACAAAAUUUGCACACGCUGGACGCUCAGGGAACUUUUGAUGACAGAACAUUAGAACAAGUGAUGAUGUCUACUCGAGAGCCUUUGGAGUGGCACUUCAAACAGUUGGAUCAUGCCGUAGGAUUGAGUUUCAAGGCGAAUUUCCAUUUCGCUCUUGUUGGCCAUUUGUUAAAAGGUUAUAGACAUCCAUCACCGACUACAAUGUCGAGGACCUCGAGAGUACUAAUAAUGUUGUUGGCGAUCGUGGCAAAGUCACACAAAAGGGACAAGUUUGAAGUAACUCCUGAUAGUGUCGCGUACCUAACAGCUCUAGUUGGAGUAUCGGAAGAAGUAAGAAGCAGGUGCCAUGUUAAACACAGCCUACCUCGUUAUUCAUGUGACUCUAUAACUCCAGAUAAUUUUAUAUCGGAUGGAUUAAACGUUUUAAAACAACACCACUCCACAACAGUCUCAUCAAGCAGUGGAGUAAACAGAAGGCAGAAAUCUUGGGACUUGCUGGAUCAAUCGGCAAUAGCGCAAGCGAAGCAUAAACAGCCACCGCCUCAUCAGGUCGAAAACGCGACAGCUAAUAAGGGCUGGCGAAGCCUAGACUUAACCCAGAGUCCGGGACCUCAGGUUAAUGGCGGCCUGACCCGGCCUCUGUAUCGAACUCAGCGUUCUAGCUCUGUGCCGGUCCAGCAACACACGUCCCCAAAUGUCAUAAACACUGAAGCACAUAGUCCGCCCGUGAUUCCCGCCAAAAAUCGAAGCACGCGAGUAUCGGUUAGCAAUGAGAAUAAUAUACUAUUAGAUCCAGAGGUCCUCACAGAUUUUUCCACGCAAGCUUUAGUUUCUACGGUGAUGGCGACUUUAGUCAAGUACAGUACAGACGAAGGCGAAACUCGAAUUUUGUAUCAAUAUUUAGCGGAAGGAGCGGUAGUAUUUCCUAAAGUAUUUCCUGUUAUAUAUAAUUUAUUGGAUGUUAAAAUUAAUAAUGUUCUCUCAACUUGUCAUGAUCAAAUGAUUUUAAGUGCAGUUAGAAGUAUAGUACAAAAUAUGAUCGCUUGUGAAGACACCAGUCAGCAGCAAUUACAUUACUUACAGAGUUGUGGAUUCGGUGGCCUUUGGAGAUUUGCGGGACCAUUUAACAAGUAUAACAAUACGGCAGAAAGCAGUGAAUUAUUUGUGAAUUGCUUAGAAGCAAUGGUAGAAACGUGCCUUCCCGUCGAAGAAUCCGAAGGAGAGAACGGAGAGAUGCAGCAGUAUUCGUCGAUGUUAAGCGUAAGUUCAAAUAUGAACCUGUCGUCGAGCCUCUCGAGCCUGACGAUGGGUUCGCCGACCGAAAAGGAUCGUUUCGAGACGCGAGACUUGGAGGGAGGUACGGCGACGACGUUAGGCCGGUCUUCGUUUAGUAAGCAGCGAAGCCUAAAAGCGAAACCUCCGUUACAUUCGGACGGAUCACCGAUUCAUAUACCGUAAGAUUAAUAGUUUUCCUUUUUAGAUCUCAUUGUCUUUGCCAAAAUAUGUAUUUUAUAAAUUAAGAAUUUAAAUGUGUAGGUUAAUGGGGGAGAGCACCAGUUGCCGAGAUUGGUAUUAGUGAGUGAUGUGGGGGGAGCAGGAUUGUAAAGGACCACAUUUUUGCAUUACAGGGUACGCAUUUGCAUUUUGGGUCUUUACAAACAUGUUCGAUCUCAUUGUCGGGGAUCACAUUUUUAAAUGUUUCUAAACAUUGAAGACACCAAUUGUACAUUGUCCGCUAAAAAAUGCUUUACUAUUUGUACUGCUCAUUUUUUCGUAUUAUCAGGUAGGGAGAUGUAAAACCAUUCAAUGAAUUAUGCCUUGCAAAUGCCACAACUUCUGUUUUUAAGUGUAAGUCUGGGGUGUGUAUGCGCUAAGUGUUUAUAGUGUGCGAAAGAGUGCAGAGUGUAUGUGUACAUAAAUCCACUAUGAAUAUACAAAGUAUACAUUUAUAAGUUGUGCCAGAUUCCGCAUCAAUUAUUUAGGGCAAGUGAAACAUAUCUGCAUUUUUAAGAACGUUAGGUCUUAAGUCUGAUCACAGUCAUCUGGAGACGUUCUGUCUUACUACAUUUUUAAUUAGGUGAAACUAGUCUUCGACGUGUUCUUUCCAGCCAAAACUGGGAAAUCUCUCAAUGAUAGGAAAAUAUAUAGUUUCACAAAUUGCCAGGAUGUUGCUUUUUCUUGGAACAUCAAAAAAUUUUUGUACAUGGAGCAGGUAUGAGAAAUUGAACUGAGUCUUUUAAAACAGGACUGUUGCCCUAGUCUUGUGCUGAUCUCAAAUUAUGAUUACAAGACUUCUUUCUCUCUUAAAUUCAUCAACAAAAAUCACAAUAUGGUAGGUUUUGGUCCUCAUUUUUUGAUUUUUUAUACGUUUCCCAAUCUGUGCAGUUACUCGUGUGAAUUGAAUUAUUUAUUUGUAUUGCUGACACUUUGGAAACAAUAUCUUGAAAAAUGGCAGCUGUAGAAAAUAACGCUCGUUGCAAGUGAGUCAGCGAGUCAUAUGAGUUAGAUGACUUUUGGAGAAGUGGUUAAGUAAACUAAGCAUAAAACGUUCACAGAUUCUUGCGUAGUGGAACAUAGCACUGCGGCAAUGGUUAAGAUUUCUAAUUGAGAAGGAGGAUCAGCACUAAAAACUGGUCUUGCUCAAAAUGGACUAAGACGUGAUUUUUUACUCUUUCUGAGCUUUUUUAUUAAUUGGCACGAAUUUUUAGAUGGCUGAAAAGUGUUUCCUACUCUUUUUUUUAAAUGAUGAAGAAUAGCUGAUUAUUAAGUUGUCUCGCCAAUAUGGAGCCCAUUAAACACAAGAGAGUCCAUCUUGAAUUUUGUUUAGACACUCAAUCUCAAUAAUCGUAAAUUAGUAAAUAAAACUGCAAACAUCUUCCAUGUAACUAUCUUGAAGAAUAACGGAUAACCAGACAAUUCCACUCUCUGGGACACCCUGUCUGAUUUCCUUGGAAAAAAGAUAAACCUUCUCCGAAAAUACUUUCAUUUUUUAAUUGGAGGAGCCUUUCAAGUUGGCCUAAUGUUUUGCGUAUAAGGUAAGUAAAUUACUAAAGACAAAAUAGAUGCAUGGUUAAGUUUGGUGGUCAUAGCAAUGUACAGGGUGGUCCAAGUUGGAAAUUUCUUAUGGAAACGCCCUUUACUUUAAGAAAAAAGUAGGCUUUAAGGUGUCUGGAGCCCAAUUUUAAAGAGAAAAUCACUGGCGCAAACAGAAUUCAGCUAUCUGUGAUCGUUUGGUCGCUAGGCCGCGUUUCAUGGACCAUCCUAUUGGAGUUUUUGAAAAGGGCGCAAAAUUUCCUAAAUUUGGAUGUAUCACUCAUUAUAUUUAUAUUAAAUAUUAUUUCUAAUAUUGCAUUUUAUACAAUAAAAUAUUUUUAUUGCAGGCAUCUGGGUUUUCAUGGCGAACAAAAGAUAGCAGGAUUGUUUAAAACGACAAUUUCUUGAUUACCUGCAUUAUUUAUUUAUAUAUUAUAUUAUUUAUUUGUUUUAUUCACAUGAGUUUUCACACCCUUUGUGUUUUGUGUGUUAUGUUUUAAAAAUAUUUGGAACGAAUAAAAAUUACCAAAUAACCAAGAAAUUAUCAUUUUAAACAAAAUCAAUGUUGCAAAGAAUAUUUAAUAUAAAUAUAACAGUACAAACUACUACAUCAACAUUUAGGAAAUUUUACGCUCUUUUCAAAAAGUCUAUAUGAAAAUAUGUAGUUUAGGGUCGUAUAUGAGAAACCAAACACCUUGUAUAAAAACUGUGAAUCGCGAUGGAUUCUACAUAAAAAAGUGCUCUAAGAAAGAUUUUGCCAAACUCAAUUAUCUUUAAUAAUAAGAAAGUUAUCGGGCAUUAAAGAAAUCGACCAAAUUUGAGAAACGCCCCUUAGCGGCCAAACGAUUAGACAUAGCUGAAUUCUGUUUGCGCCAGUGAUUUUCUCCUUAAGCUCCGGACACCUAGGUCCAUUUUUUAUUUCUUAAAAUAAAGAGCGUUUCCGUAAGAAUAGGUAUCCAACUUGGACCACCCUGUACACAUACAAAGUAUCCCGUACAAGACCAAUAUUAAAUAAAGUUUGUGUAAGUAAUUAUGGUAAAAAAAGUAAGAAAUACAUGAUAAAUGAAAAAGUUGCAAGGGUAGGAUAGUCAGCAUGAUUGGUUCUGAUGCCAUACAGAAGUUUUAUGCUGCUGCAAACACGUUUUGUAUUUAAAGAUUCCAAAGAAAACCGCUGAAGCAACAAUUCUUGAGAGUGUCCUAUCGUGAGUAAUACAUCAAACACACAUUAUUUUACCGUUUUUUGCUUACUUUUUCUUACAGACUCUAGAAACUGUAAACCAAGGUCAUUUAUGCAGUACCUAAAAGUCUUAUUUGACAACCCAAUACUAUUGUAGUAAAUGUAUGGGUUGAAAGGUAACUCUGUAUCUUACUUUAAACAGUUAUUGAGACAGAUUGUCGGUUUUACUUGUUAGUUUGCUAGCAGCGAUCUACUUUUUAUGCUUAGGAUACAUAACCAUUGUGUUUUAGAAGAAGGUAUACGAUUGUGUCCGAGUGUCCGCAGCAAUUGCUUCUAUGUAAAUAUUUUAUGUUGUGUUCCUUUAUAUUUGCCACGCCUUUGCCUACUGUGCGCAUAUCUUGCCAAUUACACCUUCGGGAGUUAGCUAGUGGUAACCACAAUUUUUGCUGCAUAUGACCUUCCAUUAUGUCCAUUCUACCCAUCUGUUGUGCAGGUAACAGUAGCAUAUUUUCUUGCUUUUAUUGUCCUGUCGAAAACAUGGCCAAUAGUGUCUAGCAUUUAGAAAUUAUAAUAUUAAUCUGUGAUGGCCUUUCUUUAAAGUACAAUUUUAUGACUAAAGAUGCCGUUAUUAAUUAUUAAGUUUUGUGUAUUAAAAUGUUUCUCUAAAGAUGAAGGUGCUAUUUUCUAUGAAUUCUGCUACUAAUGUUGUACAUAGUAAUAGUAAUUUAUUCUUCUUGAAAUUUUGUUAGCGUUAUCUUUUUAUAGUCAAAUAUUACAUUAUAUCUCUGGUCUACUUUUGCUCAAAAAUAAACAAAUAUUGCAAGAUGUUAACACCACAACGAAAAAACAAUGCACCAAGUUUACCUUUUGUUAGUCGUAUCUGUACUAGCCCAUCGGAAUACGUCUUAUUACGGGCAGCAACUUACAAAAGUUUAAGUAAGAAACAUAUACCUCACAAGAAGGAACACCGAAACUACGUUGCUACAUUCCACUACACAGCAAUAUUUAACCAGAGCUCAGGUUUGAAACAACUUCACAAGUCGCGGCUGAUGUAUGCAAUAUAUUACAGAAUUCUUCAAGCUUAUACUAGCAGUCAAAAUUCCUUCAGUAUUCUGAUUUAAAGUGGGCUGUACUAUGAGGGAAGGGUCUGUAUGGUGCAUACUCACUUCGUUCAAAUCUAGUUGCCUGGUUUUCGUGGGCCAAAAAGGGUUUAAUUUAUAGGAAUGUACCAAAGCUGUGUUUGCCAAUUUGGCCUUUGUUGCUAUCAUCAAAAUAAGGUGUAAGCUCUGCAAAUGCAUUUAAAAACUGCUUCGUGCGCAACAGCCAGAUAUAGUGCGUUUAAUUCUAAAGCUCUUUACGCUUUAUAUAUAAUGUAUGUAAAACAGCGAUAUUGCUAUCUGCUAUUUGUUUAUUAGUAGCAAGCCUUCUUAAUGAAAUUCUACAUAAGUGUAACAUUGUAUAUCGUCUUAGUUUACAUUAAUUAAUGUUAGAAUUAUGAUUGUAUAUAACAUGGUAAGAGAUUCCAUAGAGAAAUUGUACUAUAUUAAUUAAGCAAUAUUCAAAUUUAAAUUAGUUGCACAAAUUAUGAAUGUUACAAGGCUGGAUUUUAACAAAAUAAUUACUUACAGGCAUUCUCAAAUGGGUGAAAUUGUUGUUAGAAUACAUGUGCCUAUAACUUUCCUUUAAAUGCAGUACAGUUGGUUUACACCGGCAAAUUGUUUUCUAAAGUCCCAUUUGAGAAUGUAUUUAUUACGUAGUGUAUAUUUUCCUUAAUUUGGUUUUAUGUGUAAAUUCUGUUACUUCACUUGCCAGUAACAGCGACUGUAAUUGACCGUACAAUUUUACUAUAUUAAAACAACUGAAUCGAA